AAGAAGAAAAAGAUCAAAUUUAAGCUCACUCUUGCUCUAGAAUACAUUUCCCAAUACUAUCCUCCAUCAAUUAAACAAUUUCACCCUCUCAAUGAAACCGUCACAACAACAAUGACCUCCCGCCUGAACGACGAGCUCGCCGAAGAGAUCGAUUCAGUCAACGCAAUAUAUGAUUCUUCCACCAUAACACUGACAUCAAACCCUUCCAAUCCUCCUCCUAGUGCCCCGGACGAAUUCCCGGUUACAACUACAAUAAUCCUCCGAAUCCCGAAUCACUUAGAUUUCUCAUUCCUCCUUGGCUUCGACAGCAAAUACCCCGCCACCCCUCCUCGAGUAAUCGGCACGGCAUCUACGAGUUCUCGGGGCGAGGGGGAAAAAUGGCUCAAUGUGCUACGUGGCUCGGUGCAGAAGGUCUGGCAAGAAGGUUUCGUGUGUCUUUAUGACGUUAUAGAGGAGUGCGGAGAGCGAUUCGGUGAAAUGCGAGCUGGGGAGCCCGAUGAAGCGUCUGCUGCUGGCGGCAAUGAAGAUGCGGACCCUACCACCACCCAUACAUCUGCAGUAGAUACAGCUGUUCCGCCGCCAUCACUACAUGCGUCCUUUGGCCUCGAUAGUCCCCCAGACUGGGUAAUUUCAGAUCCCAUAACGGAGAAGAAAUCAGUAUUCGUGGCGCGUGUCGCCAGAGUUCAAUCAACGGAGACGGCUAAAAAAUAUCUAGAUUAUCUCCUCGGCACAGAAAAGAAAAUCGCAUCUGCAACUCACAAUAUCACGGCGUGGCGGAUUAAGCAAAAAGCCGCGCCGGGGCCCAAUGGCGUUCCUGUGGCCGAGGGAACUAUCUUUCAAGAUUUUGAUGAUGACGGUGAAACGGCUGCUGGGGCCAGAAUGUUGCAUCUCAUGCAGCUAAUGGAUGUGUGGGAUGUGGUCGUCGUUGUGACCAGAUGGUACGGGGGAGUUAAGUUGGGCCCUGACCGGUUCCGAAUCAUCAACACAGCCGCGCGAGAUGCCCUACUAAAAGCUGGCUUUACGAAGUCUGAAGGAGGUGCUUCCCAGGAAAAGGAAAAGAAGAAGGGUAAAAGAUAACUACUUAUUGUGUUUUUUUUUCUAUAUUUGUCUUUUGUUACUUCUUCCCGAGAUGCACAGCGCCUAGCGACAAACUAUCUAUAUUUCUAUCUAAAAUCUGCUUUUUUGCAUUGCUGCCACAUUUAUAGCUUACUUGAUGGAGCAACUAACUUCUCUACCUCUGCGAAUUGGUAGUAGAAGUUGAGGCUCUCGGGGUUGGCUAAUGUACCCGAUGGCUUGAUUACUUUCCCAGACACAAUUUGCUUGACUGGCAGUUCGACCUUCUUCAAGUUGACCGUCGUCUAGAAAAUUUUUGGUCAGCUUGCAAACUUCCAUGAGUCCAAUACUGGAACUGGGUGUACAUGUACAUUACAUACUGGGAUCUCUGGAGUCUCAAACACAUAUUUGGGCACAUGUCGGGGACUUAAUCCGCUUCUGAUGGCGGCUUUAACGUCCUCUACGAGCUUCUUGGUAAAGGGAACGCCAGGACGCAUGAGCAGGAAUAGCAUGACAGUUUCGUCUGAAUCCCGCGGUCGACGCUGCCCGACGCAGAUGGAGUCGGAGAUCUCAUUGGCGAAUUUGUUCUCGAGAAUGCCGUAUAUUUCGGAUGAUCCGAACCGCACGCCUGAGGGAUUAAGAACGCCAUCCGCACGUCCCAGGAAAAAGAUUUGCUUGGUGGUGGGAUUGAUCAUGAUGAAAUCGCCGUGGGUCCAGACAUCUAUAGAUUGUUAGCUGGGAACCAAACAGUUCGCAAGAGGGAACGCGUCAAGUUACCGUCAAAUCGAGCAAAGUAUGCAUCAAAAUAGCGCUCUGCACCGUUCUCUCCCCAAAACAUGACAGGCAUGUUGGGAAACGCUGCUGUCGCAACUAAUUCACCUGGAACUCCCUCCUCCAGUGGAAUCCCUUUAACGCCUUUUCCACCUUCCACAGUCUGAUCAUACACAGCAAUAGGGGUCCCAAGACUCGGCCCCUGACAGCCACCCACGUACAACGGUGUCAGACUGUUUGAGGUUCCAAAUGUGCCCGCAAUAUCCGUACCGCCAGAAAUAUUUGAGAGAUGCACUUUAGCCGGGAAUCCUUUGUCAUAGAACCACUCAAACAGGGCAUCCGAAAGCACCAUCCCAGUGCUUGUCAUUACCUCCAGAUUGCUAAGAUCAGUGAUCUCUCGAGGUUGAAUACCGUUCUUUUGCAGUUCGUACAGAUAGCGUGGGGAGGUGCCCAGGUGGGUUACCCUGACUCAAUCAGAAUGCGUCUCUUGGAAAUCCAAGGGGAUCUGUGACUUACUUCUGCUCUCCAGCCAAUUUAAUGAACGAGGUGACAUCAGGUAAGAAGGGGCUGCCGUCGUACAAGACGACUCUGCACCCGUACAUCAAUGGCUGCAACGCACUGAGAUACAUUAUCCAUCCUGUUGUGGUGUAUUGCAGAGCCACCGAAUUCGAGUUCAUUUCUCGGUGCAGUUUUCCCUCUUUCAGGCCACUCAAGACAACGCCUCCAACCGAAUGCACAAUACAUUUUGGUGUUCCAGUCGUUCCUGAUUCCAUCUUGUUAGACUUUUCACGCAGUUAAAAUCCAACAUACAUGUUGCAAUCAAGAUCAUACCUGAAGAAUAAACGACCAAGAACGGAUCCGAAAACUUAACUCUCACAAAUUCCAACUUAUUGGACUUCACCUUUGACAAGAAUGCCACCAAAGUUUGCGUUCUGGGAACCAUGCUCACAUCGGCAGGACGAUCUUGGAAUCGAGGUUGCGAUACAACUCCUUGAAACUCCUCCACACCCCCCAUCCCUCGAACGAUGUCUUUCAUCUUCGGCCUCAAAUCGAUGGUGUUCCCAUUGUAUACUGUCCAAUCAUCCAUGAACAGCCAUUGGGGCUUGAUCUGCAGCAAGCGAUCCAGAAUCCCCUUGGCACCCAUAUCAGUCGAGCUGGACGAAAACAACCCUCCCAGCGCCGUCACGGCCAAAAACACAACAAGAGUAUCGAUACUAUUGCUCGCAACAACAGCUACGCGAUCGCCCUUUUUCACACCCGCCGUCUUCAUAGCCUGCGACAGCUUGCCAACCCUGCUCCUGAGUUCACCAAACGUGAUAUUCCGUGUACCCUCCGCCCCACCUUCUCGAACCUCAGUCACGGCACACUUCGCAUCUUCCUUGCCAACUAUAGACACUCCCGACGAUCCGGAGGAGGUGAAGAGCAUAUUCUCCGCGAAGUUCAUGUAAGUGCCGGCGAACCAUUCUGGGAUGCUGUCCAUGCGUGCGGCCUCAUCAACUACCCUUGUGUAGGUGCCAGAGUGGAUGGGGUUGAGGUCAUGCCAACAGAAUUCCCAGAAUGCGGCGCGGUUGUUGACUGAGUAGUCGUGGAGGGAGAGAAAUGUCUGGAAAAAUUUGGUCGAGACGUUAACUAGGUAUCCUAAUCAUGUUGGUUUUGCAUAUUUUGCAUUUGCCCGCCCGACGCCUAAUACGUGCUAGGGAGGAGUGAAAAGCAGCGUGAAUGGCAAAAAAAUAUGUCGGGGUACAAAACGUAGCUUUUUGCGGUCCCAAAAAGCUCGUCCGUAGAAUGAAUGAAACGUAAAUAUCUAUAUCGAAAGAAAAAAGAAGGAAAAAAACACCAGCCUUGUAAAUGAAAAGGGGAACACACAUACCGGAAACUUCAACCCCGUCUUGCGCUCCAGCCGCCGUCGAAACUGGCUGAGAUUCGUCGACUCGGGAUCGGGAUGCUCCCAUAGCUUGCGGGGUACCGCGUACGUCGACAUGUUUUAUAUAUAACUAGGUGGUUGGUUGCUCUGAAAUUUAAAAAAAAAAAAAAAAAAAAAAAAAAAAAAAAAAAAAAUCCAAAACUAUCUCGGUCGAAAACUGAGUCUGGACCAGACGGAGAGUACUCCGUAACGUUUGUCCUAAUAUUGGCUAUCUUCAAAACGUAGAAACCAUACAGCAAUUGGCGGGGGGGGAUGUAACUCUCUAGCCUCACGCACGAAGAAACCGGUCAAGUAAAGAAGUAAGAUCGUUUAUAUAAGUCAACUGCUCGUGUUUAUCUUCUCCGCAUGUCACGACAAUCUUUCUGUCCAUUUCCAACCGUCCUUCCCCCCACAGUACCCGGGGUCCAUGAUGGCCAUUUAGCUAAAUCGGCUUUUAGGCUGGCGAGCUGCUUUUGCCGGCACUCGGGUAUCUCGUCUCCUCUUGGUGUUUUGUCUCCUUAAUCUUUUCGGCUCCCAAGGGUUGUUUCGGUGGCCCUAGUGCCGACUUCCUCGGCUUCCGGCGGUUGGGUUUGCCGGGCGAGGGAGGCGCGGCUUUGUUAGUGAGAUUUUCGGGGGAUGAAGAAGUUUUCAACUUCUUUUCUUUUUUCUUUCUUUCUUUUAUUUUCUCAUUAUUAGAGGCCUGUUGAUUGGGGUUUUCAGAGUAAAAUUUAAUAUGUUCGUAUCUGUUUUAUGGGGUGGUAUAUUUACAAUGUUGCGCCUGCUACAUGACAAUAGCCGAACGGAAACAGUGUAUAUUUCCAGACAGUCAGUCGUAGUCCGUUUGAAUCAAAAGAAGCUUCCUCUCAUUAUUCUCGCCCGUGAUCGAUUACCCGCCCAAAGGUUGAAAUCAGUGCAUCGAUAGCCGGAGCCAGAGAGUGAGUGUGUUGAGCUCCAAUUGAAUGCCAUGGUCAAUUGAAAUUCCCAGCAACUCUCAUGUCUCAU